AUACGCCUGGGCGUUUGGAGCUCCCCACUUUGUGAAGUCGGUGACUGCUCUUGCCAAUUACUGACCGGCGGCAGCCGGCAAUUCGUGUAGCUCCGCUCCGGUUUGUCACUUCCCCGCAAUUCAUCCCGCACAUCUUUUUAGAGCUUUCUGAUCAAGCCCUAACUUACUUUCGAGUUCAGACGGCGGACCGUUUUCCGCCUCUCUGCCAUUGAACGUAAGUAUCGAGAAUCGUAGAAAGAAUCAAGAAUGGCUACCAUGCUCUCUGCGCGUACGGGUUCCGUUCGGCGACUGGGAUAUCUUCACAAGACGCCGUUUACACGCAACGGGAGUCGCGCAGCGUCAGGAUAUGUGAAAUAUAAUCAUGAAGAUCCGUUGAAUUUGGAAUCUCUACUAACGGAAGAGGAAAUUGCCAUACGUGAUACUGCUCGGGAGUACUGCCAGGAGAAUCUCGCUCCCCGUGUGCUGGAAGGCUGGCGGACGGAAAAAUUCAAUCAUGAUAUUCUCCCUGAAAUGGGUAAAUUGGGACUGCUUGGACCGACGAUUCAAGGCUAUGGCUGCGCUGGAGUGAGCAGUGUGGCCUACGGCCUCAUUGCCAGAGAAAUCGAGCGCGUCGAUUCCGGCUACCGGUCGACAGCAUCUGUCCAAUCAUCGCUUGUUAUGCACCCCAUCAACGAGUUUGGUACUGAAGCACAAAAGGAAAGGUAUAUUCCUCGGUUAGCCAAGGGAGAAAUCGUUGGCUGUUUUGGACUGACUGAAGCGAAUCAUGGUUCCGACCCAGCUGGCAUGGAGACAACUGCUGAAGAAAUUGAUGGUGGCUUUGUUCUUAAUGGAAGCAAGACUUGGAUAUCAAAUGCACCUGUCGCUGACAUUUUUGUCGUCUGGGCUCGCUGCAAAUGGGAUGCCAAGGUUCGAGGAUUCAUUCUCGAGAAGGGUUUGAAAGGUUUGGAAGCACCAGCCAUCAAGAACAAGGUUGCACUUCGGGCGUCGUUAACCGGUUCGAUCUUCAUGGACUCUGUUAGAGUAGGCCAUGAUGCCUUGCUCCCGCACGGACAAGGCCUUAGUGCACCUUUCUCCUGUCUGAAUAGUGCCCGGUAUGGCAUUUCAUGGGGUGUAAUGGGGGCUCUCGAGGAUUGUAUCCAAAAAACUCUCACGUAUGCACUUGAGCGCAAGCAGUUUAAGCGACCGCUGGCAUCUUUCCAACUUGUCCAGAAGAAACUUGUAGACGCACAAACUGAAGCAGCUCUUGGUUUCCAGGCCAGUCUUCAGGUUGGCAGACUGAAGGAUACUGGCAAGCUGGCCCCCGAAAUGAUCAGUAUGGUAAAGCGCAAUAACUGUGGUAAGGCCCUCCAGCAUUCCCGGAUCGUUUUGGAUAUUCUCGGAGGAAAUGCAUCAUCAGAUGAGUACCAUGUCGGUAGACAUGUUGCAAAUUUACAAGUUGUGAAUACUUACGAAGGGACAUAUGAUAUACACGGUCUCAUCCUUGGAAAGGCAACGACUGGCAUUCAAGCUUUUGCUAAUUAGUUCCAUCGGUGUAUUGCUUGCGAAAAAUACAUGCUUGAAAUUUUAACGAAAGACUACAUGAUAUCUACCUUAGAAACAUCGUCAGAUGCAUGGGCCUAACAUUAACAAUUUACCAAUCGUAGACUGUAGUAUGCAAGCCAAAUUUUGGACUCGUGUACUGUGGUGGAUUCAACGCAUCGCGGUUCGACCUUUCAAUUUUUGACAUUCGCAGUUGUGAG